AGAGGAAGAAGCAGAAGCACGGAGGCUUCUGGACAUGGCUGGCGGCGUCAGUUUUAUUCAGGCUCGUCCUCAUCUACUUCCCCAAAAAUCUCAACCUCUCCUCCCGCCCCGAAGUCUCCACUCCUCUCACCAGCCUCCGCCGCCUGGCUGAGGGUUACUGGUUGAAGCAAUCGUCAAUGUCUCCAUAUGCAGGAUCUAUGUACCAUGGAUCUCCUUUGUUACUCUCACUUCUCGGGCCACUCACCGUCAAACGAAUUGAAGGGCAACCCAAUCAUCUUCUCUGUAGUUUGGUUUUUGUGGUUGCAGAUAUAUUGAAUGCCAUGCUUAUUCGUGCUACUGGUCAGACUCUUCAGGUUGCAUACCGGCAGAGUUUGAAGUCACUAGAUCUUGAUACGAUAUCAGAAAGCAGUGAGGUCCUCCCUUCUGGAGAUAUUGCUGCUCUUGUGUACCUAUGGAAUCCUUUGACAAUAGUUGCAUGUGUGGGUUUGUCAACAUCUCCAAUUGAAAAUUUUGCCAUCAUACUGGCCCUGUUUGGAGCAUGCAAAAGACUGGUUCCCUUGGCUGCUUUUGGAUGGGUCAUGGCAACACAUCUGUCUCUUUAUCCUAUGAUUCUCAUAAUUCCAAUGAUUCUUUUAUUAGGAUAUGGUCCAGAUACUCCGAGGAAACUGUUGCUACAGAGGAGAUAUGGUAAAGCUGAAGAUGCAACGUCAAUUGAUAGUUGUCAACAACAGGAUAAAGCUAUUAAUCAAUCAGAGCUGCCCCAUGUUUUCUCUUGGAGACCUGUCAUGCUUUUCUUAUUGUGGGCUAUUGUGUGGUCAGCCUAUGUGUUAUUUCUCUGUGGCGUAUCUGCUAAACAGUAUGGUAGUCUCUGGGAGAUGUUUGAAAGAAUGCAUGGUUUCAUUCUCACUGUGCAAGAUUUGUCUCCAAAUAUAGGUGUCUUAUGGUAUUUCUUUGCAGAGGUCUUCGAUUUUUUCAGAAAUUUCUUCCUCAUCGUUUUCCAUAUGAAUAUUCUCUUUAUGAUAUUUCCAUUGGCUAUACGGCUGAAGCAUCGUCCGUGCUUUCUUGCUUUUGUCUACAUCACCAUAUCCUCAAUGCUUAAAUCUUAUCCUUCUGUUGGGGAUUCAGCUCUGUACAUUGGUUUGUUGGGCUGGUUUGUUAAUGAACUGUCAGAAAUGCGAUUCUCGUUCUGCCUCUUCAGCGUUUAUGUUGGCGUUUCCCUCCUUAGCCCUGUUAUGCACAACCUAUGGAUAUGGAGGGGCACUGGCAAUGCAAAUUUCUACUUCGCUACUGCAAUUACUUAUGCUUGUUUGCAGAUUGUUUUGGUGAUUGAGAGUGUAAGUGCAAUGCUCAAUCAUGACAGGAAGCUAAGAAAGCUAUCGAACACAAAGAUUCAUGUUGACAAAUCUUAAUCACUUGCUACAAAUGAAGUUUGUCUCUGAUGGUUCAUCGUCUUAGUAA